AGAAGAUCUUCUCCAUUGGGCGGCAGUGCGCGUCUGCAGUGACUCUCUCUCUCUCUCUCUGCUGUGGGGGGGAUGGACGCCCCUGUCAUCAUCUGAAUCCGGCGGUGUGUGUGUGUGUGUGUGUGUGUGUGUGUGUGUGGAUGUGGCGCGCACUGCGGGCUGAAGCUGCGGGAGAUGCUCCGUGUUCUCCCGGUUCCAGUGCGGUGAUGGAGAUACUGGAGCUGCUCUAGAACACACACAUGUUCGCUGAAGAAGAUGACGAGAAAACACACGUUUAACUGAUGCUUCAUCUUCAUCUUGAUCAUCUGAUCUCACUGUCACCUGAACAGGAUUAUCUCAUGACAGAUGCAGCUGCUGUGGAUUUUUCCUCCUGAUUUCCUCAGAAUCGCUUCAUCUUCUCUUGGUUUGGGAGAACAGAAGACUGCUUCCUCAGAUCCGAUGCUUUCAGUCGCUCUGUGCUGAUAUCUGGAUCCAUCACUUUGGGAGACUCAGCGGUGAACAUGAGAUCACGGGUUCCUCUGCAGAUCCUGCUGUAUGCCACGGUCAUCAGAAGUCUGAAAGUGGUGUCCAAGCGCGGCUCAGUGGACGGCUGUACGGAUUGGUCUGUGGACUACCUGAAAUACAAAGUUCUGCUCGGGGAGCCUGUGAGGAUUAAAUGUGCUUUAUUUUAUGGAUACAUCCGUGCGAACUACACACAUGCUCAGAGCGCCGGACUCAGUCUGAUGUGGUACAAGAGCACGGGCCACGGAGACUUCGAGGAGCCCAUGUCAUUCGACGGGAGCCGGAUGAGUAAAGAAGAGGACUCCAUCUGGUUCAGACCGGCCGAGUUACAGGACGCCGGACAUUACUCGUGUGUGUUGAGGAUUCACAGAGAUGAGGAGUUCUUCUGA